CUUCCAGGGCUCCUUUACACAAAAGAUUAGUCUUAGUAUUUAAACUAGAAGACUGUAAAAGAAACUGUUCGUCCGUUUCUUAUUUUAAAAACCCUUUAAUACCGUGUUGGUCAGUGUUUGUUCUGCAAAUCAUUGGCAUAAACCCAAAGACAUGCUCACAAGAAAAAAACCCAAAAUUCGCAUCUGAUCUCUUUAAUCCUGCUGUCUGUUCUAAUUAUUAUUUUACCAAGUAUAAAGCAGUUCUCUUAUGCGACUAUAUGGCUUCGCACUUCUUGAUACAGCAGCGAACACUUUUGAACAUUAAAACGUUGAGUUGUUGAUAAAACAUAUUAUCAUUCUCUUUAUUUUUCUCUCAGAAAUACCGGCCAAUGUAUUGAUUAUCUUUCAUCGUUUUCGUGUUCCUUUACCUGGUAAAGAUCUCUUAUUUUUUUUUUUUUGGAAGAUACAUUACAUAGUUUUUGUGCACUCUCAAUCACUCAUAAGCAUUCCAACUAUCUAUUUUAUUGGAUUGUUCGUACGCGACUCAACGAAUUCUUAACUACAUCUCUGGUCUUCAUUUCUUUUUUUUUUGACUUCUUCCUGUAUCCAGCUUCCAUUCUCAUGCGCAUCCCGGAAACAAGGUUGGAGGCUUUUUCCUUGUUCGACGAUAUGUGCACGGACAAUCUCAUUGACGGUGUUUACUACUGGACCCGUAUUCAUAAGAUGCGAAGACGUCUGGGAAGACCUCGUCGGCAGCAAUGGCUUGGCGAUGUCAUUGAGUUAAUUCAGAACCAUAUCAUCAACAAGUUUGAUCUGGAUGCUGCUGUCGAAGCCUUCUUUAGUAUCCCACGUAUUAAGAAAGUUUAUGAUUAUCUUGAUGACUCUUUAGCGCAAGAGUUUGUCCGACAUGCUAAAUUAUAUCUUUUGCUUUACGCUGUAAAUUGUGAGUUUGAAAUUGCAUCUACUGACCGCUUUAUUGGUUCGAAAAAGUCUGAAGCCUCUGCCAUAUCCAUCAAAGACUUAGAUGCAGGCUAUGAAUUGCACGACUUGUGCGGUACCAUCAUCAAACUCACUCCAGCUGAAGAGAAGCGGCUUGGAGAUGAUAAAGAUUUUAGCGUUCUCCACUCAAGUCGGCUUCGUUCUAUGUGUUUGUUUCUCGGUCCCGCUCGUUUUGUAAAUCAUGACUGUGAUGCCAACUGUAUGUUUCGAAUCUCAGGCAGAAAAGUGUGGCUUCAGACCGUGCGUCCCGUUCGUGCAGGGGAGGAGUUGACAACAUACUACUCUUCGCGGUAUUUUGGUCCGAACAAUCGCGAUUGUUUGUGCGAAUCAUGUGAACGAAAAGGAAUCGGCGGUUAUGUUAAGUUGUUUUUAGGAGACUCCAUUGUUAUAAAUAACCUUGAUUUCCUUGUUUCCCAAACAACUUACUCAAACCCCGUCGCCGAAAACACAGGGAAUGAAGCGCUUGUGAAGGAGGAAGAGCUGUCGACGACACCGGUUUCUUUAUCCGCUUCCUCAUCCACUUAUGCGGAGAGUAAUGUAGCAUUAGAGUCUACGAAAUGCGAGGAGGAAGAUGUACAAAACAUGUAUUUCCCAUGUCUUCCGAAUGUGCAACCUCUAUUCAAUGACACUGAAAAUGCUAGUAACUGCACAGCAAAUCAACCUCUUGAAUGGGAUUCCGGAGGUGAACUUUCUGAGGCAAAAGGUUCCGACUUGGAUGAAGAGCUGGAACUCUUCAUUCCCCUUCACAAAAAGAGAAUUUGGGCUCACGAGCGACAAAAUUACCUGAGCACUCUCCUCAAAACAACGACACAUUCAAUACUUGCAUACAUCAUGCGUGACCGUGUUGCUCAACUCCGUCAACGACAAGACAUGUGUGAAUAUAUUUGUCGCACAUGUCAGCACUCGUAUUUUUCAAAACCCCUUAGACCGAAGGCAAAGCGUGAAUGCCCUAAAUGUUAUAGAAACCGAUGUCUGUAUGGGUAUGAUUGGCCCAUACGGUACAUCGAAAUAGAUUCUUCCGUCGAAACAGAUGAAAGUACUGGGUCUGAAUUUGAAUGUUCAGCACAAACGUUGCCUCGAAAACGUCGGAAACGGUUUAAGAGGAAAGCAAAAAACAAUGUUUCUUAUGCGGAGCUGUCUUGAUUCUAUCCCCUUUGAAUUGUCCAGUGUCCCGUCCCAAUGCCUUCCAUCUUGCAAUAGCGAUGUCGUUCGAUCAAGAUCGUUUACUGCUUUCCCUUUGAACCAUCCGUCCCCCUUCAUUAUAUCUUCCGUCCGUUCCCCUUUUUUCUUUCACUUUAUUUUUUUCUUUAUUUUUCAUUCCCUUAAUGGUUGCUUUGACCCAUUUUCUUGUACAUUAGUUCAAUUAGUGCUACUCUAGACAAUUACUAUACGUAAUUUUAUUCUUGC